CAUCCCCAAUUCGACCAUCAGAGAAAAAAAAGAUCCAUCCCCAAUUCGAGCUCCACCUCCACCGAACCCUCCUCCUCCACCCAACAAUGGAUCCGGCCGCCGCCGCCGCACGGCGGCAGGCGGACAAGUGGAUGAGCGUGGCCGAGAAGCUCCUCAUGGCGAAGGACCUCGAGGGCUGCAAGGAAUUCUCCUCCCAGGCCAUCGCCGCCGACCCCCGUACCCCGGGCGCCGAGGAUCUCUACGCCGCCGCCGACGUCCUCCUCGCGUCCCAGCGCCGCCGCUUACCCAACGGCAAGCCCGAUCCAUACGCUGUUCUCGGCCUCGACCCUGCCAUGCCCGCAUCGCGCCUCCCGGACGUCGUCCAUUCCAAGUUCCGCCGGCUCUCCCUCCUCCUCAACCGGUCCCACCCCGACCGCCCCUGCUCGGUGUACGUCGCCGAGGCUGCCCGCCUCGUCGCCGAUGCCUGGGCCUUCCUCUCCAACGCCGGACUUAAGUCCGCCCUCGACGCCGAACUCGAUGCAGCCGCUGCACCUCGCCCACCGAUGCAACAGCCGGCGGUGGAGAGGAGGCCGCACCCGUCGCCGCCUCCACAGCAGAGCCCGGUAUGGGCAGCUCCCCAGCCACGGCCACAUCCACAGCGGAUCCCGGUACGGCCAGCUCCCCAGCCAACGCCGCCUCUACAGCCGAGUUCGCUGCGAGCAGCUACCCAGACACCGCCGCCUCCACAGUCGAGUUCGCUGCGAGCAGCUACCCAGACACCGCCGCCUCCACAGCCGAGUUCACUGCGAGCAGCUACCCAGACGCCGCCGCCUCCACAGCCGAGCCGGCUGCAACCAGCUACCCAGCCACAGCCGUCUCCACAGCCGAGCCCACUGCAAGCAGCUACCAAGCCACCGCCGUCUCCACAGCCAAGUCCGUUGCAAGCAGCUACCAAGCCACCGCCGUCUCCACAGCCAAGUCCGCUGCAACCAGCUACCCAGCCACCGCCGCCUCCACAACCUAGUCCGCUGCAAGCAGCUUCCCAGCCACCCGCCAGAGCAGCGACUCCGCCGGUGGAGUCUGGCACAUUGCCUGCGUCGACGUUCUGGACAUUGUGCAAGGGGUGCUCCCAUAUUCACCAGUAUGAUCGCCUCUACGAGGCGCGCAAACUGAAGUGCUCCAGCUGCCACCAGCCAUUUGUAGCUGAGGCAAUGGCGGAGCCGCCGCCCAUUGUGCCGGGCACUGACAUGUAUUACUGUACCUGGGGCUUCUUCCCCAUUGGGUUCCCCGGAUGCCCUGGCUACGUGGAUCUGGUCAAUUCCCAGCCACAGGGGUCAGGUCAGCUGAAUGUGCCAUGGCUUGGAGCCAAUGGUAGGGUUGCUGCUGAGAAUGGGACUCCCAUUACCAUAGGUGCUGCAAGGGAGGAGCCAGUGGCAUCUGAACCUUCGCCGGAACCUUUAAUGCGCACGAGAGUGGAGGUGCCACUGGUACCGGAACCUGCGCCAGAACCUUUAAUGCGCAUGAGAGUGGGGGUGCCAGCCAUGCCGGAACCUGUGAUGCCCACAAGAGUGGAGGUUCCAGCCGCGCCGGAACCUGUGAUGCCCACGAGAGUGGAGGUGCCUGCCGCGCCGGAGCCUGUACAGCCCACGAGAGUGAAGUCAGUGAAAGUGGGAGCAAAGAAGCGUGGUCGACCCAAAGGCAGCAAGAACAAGAAGAAUUUGCGAGUUGUGACUUGAUAGCGAUGAAGAUGAUUGGCAUGGCAUGAUCAUAGGUCAGACCGGGUUAGUUCAGCUAUUAAUUUCAUCCUGUUGUCGUCGACUGAAGCAUUUGCUCUGUUGGUUGGGUACUACUCAUUUGCUGCUGACAGAGUGACAGUAUCUACAUGAGAAGCAUGGCUACUUUAGUGAUGGAAUAAGUUAUUUGUUUAUCGGGUAGUCUUUUCUUAGUUGAUGAGUUGUGUGACCGUUCUUGCCAUUUAUGCUUUAGAUGAUGUAGCUGUUGUAUGCUGUCCAAUUUCAUGACUCUCCUUGAGCUAGCUUUGUGAAUCUGAGAUUCCUGGGGAUUGCUCUUUGUUAACUGAGCAAUGUACAUUCAGAUAAUGUGCUGCAAUAAUCGGACAGUUGAUUUUA